CCUUUCUGACCCGAUCAGGACCAGGGCCCGGCAUCAGGGCUGGGUAAUACCAGGUGCAGCCCUAGCCCGCGCAUUGCCAUCCUCAUCUGCUACUCUCAAAAAUCACUUCCUUUUACUGUCCACGUGCAUUGCACGCGCCAUAUCUACUAUCUGCUGGUUGUAGCUAAAACCCUUUCGAAGCUAAAACCCUUCUCAACUUCCGCAUUUCAAAGAAAGAGAAAGAAGAAGAAGAAGAAGAAGAGGAGGAUAAGAAGAAAGGAGAAGAAAAGAUAAUGAUGAUGAUGAUGGUGUUAUAGAGUAGGAAAGGAACGGAGAAAAAAGGGGUGUUUUGGGUAAUGGCUUUUCAGCAGCUGCUGCUGCUGCCUAGUUCCUCCUCUCAUCAGAGCCCUCUCCCUCCAAAUUCUCUUCUUCUCGCUUCCCAUUUCUGCAGGCCAUUGAAGAUUCCCAACCCCCAUCUGCGAAGAAGACCAUCAUGUCGUACCCUAAGGAUUUCAAAGGUUUUGGCUUUCUUUGGCUUGACAACCCCUCCUUAUAAGCUAGAUGCGUUGGAACCAUAUAUGAGCCGGAGGGCACUUGAAAUGCAUUGGGGAAAGCAUCAUCAGGACUAUGUGGAGGACUUGAACAAACAGCUGGAGAAAAGCCCAUUAUAUGCAUACACAAUGGAGGAACUGGUCAAAGUAACCUACAACAAUGGGAACCCCUUACCAGAGUUCAACAAUGCUGCUGAGGUCUGGAAUCAUGAUUUCUUCUGGGAAUCCAUGCAACCUGGAGGUGGUAAUAUGCCUUGGGGUGGUGUUCUUCAGCAGAUUGAGAAGGAUUUUGGCUCCUUUACAAAUUUCAAAGAAGAGUUUGUGAACACAGCCCUUGCACUAUUUGGUUCUGGCUGGGUGUGGCUUGUGUCCAAUUAUCAAUCUGGAUAUGUGGGAGCAUGCUUACUAUACCGAUUACAAGGACAACAGGGGGAAAUAUGUGAGCGUAUUCAUGAACCACCUUGUUUCGUGGAAUGCAGCGACGACCCGCAUGGUCCGUGCUGAGGCCUUUGUGAAUCUAGGGGAGCCAAAUAUUCCAGUGGCUUGAAAGUUUCAUGAACUGGAAUUUUAUAUAUAUAUAUAUAUAUAUAUAAUCCCAAUCUGUAUUGGUAUUAUAUGAUAUUUAGAGUUCUGUAGCUAAUCCUAAUCUGUAUUGGUAUUCUAUAUAGAUAGGUGCAUACAUGUGAGUGGCUUUGUUUUAAACAGCAUUAGAUAAAUAUCAUGAUGAUGAACAUUAAUGUUCUGUAUAUGUUUAAUGAUCAUUGUAACAGGUGAUUCAAAGCAAAAAAUUAAAAAUUAAAAAUUGGCCAUUAAAUGGCUGGUAUGGAAAACUCUAUUUCUAACA